ACUACGCUCCUUCGAAGCAUCAACCCUCGAGCGGUUUGGAAGGAGGAAACGAAAGAAAAUCAUGGGGGCAGAAGAAGAGCAGGGGAAACAGGGGAAUGAAAACCCAAGACGUGACGCCAUAACAAAUGCACAAUUUCUCUCUUGGAAACGCCAAAAGGAUGCAGAUGCAUCAGCUAGAAGAGCUGAAGCAGCUAGGAAACGAGAGGAAGCUAUAGCUACUGGAACAGCACAAAUGAAUGGACGGGAGCUUUUCUUGAAGGAACCCUGGGUGUUUGAUAAUACACUUUAUUGAGCUUGGUAUGAAGGAACACAAUGUGCUUUCAUGUGAAUGCAAUGUAUACAUGUAUCAUGCUGCACUGAUGUUACUUUUCCGACUAUGUCUUGUCUAAUGAAGGUGCUGGUACUCUCUAUUUGCAAGGGUUGUGUACUGCUGCCAUUGAUCAGUGAAGAUACCCGUUGUUGAGCUGUAAUAAUAGUAUGCAUUUAUUGCAGGAUGACAUCUUAUAUAUUACAUAUCCAUGAUUUGGAACG